AUGCUCUCACGUGUUGCUGCAGUGAAGGCACCCCGCACACACCACCGUCGCCGCGUGACCGGAUCCAGCGGAAGGAGGAGGGAAGGAAGAGAGAGUGAGCCGCAGAGACCCAACAUGUCUCGGCGUGUGUUUGCUUCCGUGGUGCUGCUCCUCCUCGUCGUGACGAUGUGCUGCAGUGGAGCUACGACCGCUCAGGUGGAAAUGGCCACUGAUGCUUCAACUUCUGGGUCGGCAUUGACGGGUGCCAUUGCUGGAGAGGGGAGCACUUCAGGGGGUGUUGAGGGGCUGCAACGGGUCGAUCUAUUUGUGCCGAAUCAGACGCUGGUGCUGCCGAAUAACGGGACUAACUCAAGUCGGAGGAAUUCAUUUGUUUCACCCUCUCUCGUCAGUGCUGGUGGAGUGAUUGCUGCUUUUGCCGAGGGUCACAUGAAUGCCGAAUAUCAAGAUGGUCAAUCAACUAAGCCGUCUUCUGAUGUUGUUGCGGAGUACAUCGACUCUGCGUGGAAUUGGUCCACUCUUGUUGAAGAGGUCAAAAAGGAAGAAUGGAGUGCACACACUGUGCUUGGCACAGCGGAGGGAAAGGAGAGUUUUGAUGUUGUGCUCCGCCCCACAACAAUCGCAAGGGACAACAAGGUGUUUCUUCUUACGGGAAGCUCUGAUUUGUUCCACAUAAAUGGUGGUUGGAUUCAUGACGGCUGGGAGCUGAAACUGGUUGUUGGUGAGGUCACGAAUUCUACGGGUGGCAAGCUGAGUGAACGUAUCAAAUGGGGCGAAAUCAGGUCUCCGUUGAACGAGAAUACUUUAGCUGCUCACAAAGGCGAAUUGAAGGAGUUUGUUGCCGCUGGUGGCUCAGGUGUUCUGAUGGAGGACGGCACCAUUGUGUUUCCACUGAUGGCGAAGAGCGGAAAAGGUGUCGUUUACUCCAUGAUUAUUCACUCGACGGACAACGGCAGUACCUGGUCGCUCUCUGAGGGCAUUUCUCAUCCGAAAUGCUUUGCACCCCGCAUCACCGAGUGGGAGGGAUCACUUCUCAUGAUUGUUGACUGCGAGGAUGGCCAGAGGGUGUACGAGUCGCGUGACAUGGGGAAAACGUGGACGGAGGCCAUCGGGACACUUCCAGGCGUGUGGGUCAACUCACAAUUAUUUUUUCGGGAUCUGAGCUUGCGUGUGGAUGCCCUCAUCACCGUGACCAUUGGGGGAAGGAAGGUCAUGCUGUACACUCAGAGAGGGAACUUCUCGGGGAAAAAUAAGGCCACUGCGCUCUACCUUUGGGUGACGGAAAACAACCGUACGUUUUUUGUUGGACCAGUUGGCAUGGGCAAUGCUGGGGAGAAGGAGUUCGCCAGCACCCUGCUGUACUCGGAUGGCAAGUUGCAUCUUUUACAACGGAUGGCCAGUGGUGAAGGCAGUGCCAUUUCACUUUCCCACUUGGCGGAGGAACUGAAUAAAAUCAAGUUCGUCCUGAAGACCUGGGCGCAAAAGGACGUUUUCUUCCCCGGGUUGUCUAUACCCACGGCGGGUCUGGUGGCGGUAUUGUCCGAUGCGGCCAGCGAUGACACGUGGAUCGACGAGUACCUUUGCCUGAAUGCGACGGUGAGGAACGCCACGAAGGUCAAAGAUGGGUUGAAAUUGACGGAGCCUGACUCCGGGGUAAUAUGGCCUGUGAACAUUCCGGAUGAUAAAGUACGUAAUGUAUCCUUGAGCCACAACUUUACACUUGUGGCGACGGUGACCAUCGAAGAGGCCCCGAGUGGGAACACUCCUCUACUGAUUGCGGUGUUGGCGAACACUGAGCCCACGCAUACCAUGGGAAUCCUGUAUACGGCGAAUAAGACGUGGGAGACGAUUUCCAAAGGCGAGACAAAACCAACAACGGAAAGUGGCACUUGGGAGCUUAAGAAAGAAUAUCAAGUGGCACUCAUGCUGCAAGGCAACAAGAGCUCCGUGUACGUUGAUGGCAAGUCGCUGGGGGAGGAAGAAGCGCCGUUAACGGAUGAGACACCACUUGAGCUUUUAUACUUUUGCUUUGGCGCGUGCGAUAUGAAAAACUCUCCUAUGACGGUGAAGGACGUCUUUCUUUACAAUCGCCCACUGAAUCCCACUGAGAUGAGUGCAAUCAAGGAAAGGAUACCCGUUCCGACGAGAACUCCAGAACCACAAGUAAAAAUUGCUCCUGAUCCUAUCGCACCUGCUGUGUCUGCUGUGUCUGAUGCACCUGCGGUGCCUGCUGUACCUGCGGUGCCUGCUGUACCUGCGGUGCCUGCUGCACCUGCUGGGAAUGAAGGGACGGCACGAGAAAAGGGUGAUGGUGGGGCAAAUGGUGAUGCUGGUUCCGUGUACGGGAGUGGACUGCUGCCGCUGCUGCUUCUGCUGGGACUGUGGGGCUUUGCGACUGCGUGA